GCAAUGCCGAAUAAAAAUAAAAAAGAAAAGGAGUCUCCAAAGUCCGGAAAAGUUGGUAAAACGGGAGGUCAGGAGAAUUCAGAGCAUGAGGGAUCAAAUAGGAAGGGCAGCUACAGUGUUCCUCCUACCACACAGCUCCUGAAAGGGAAGCAGUCUGGAUCUCAAGCCCCUGUGAAAAAGGAAAAGAGACAGAGCUCCUCCCGUUUUAGCCUGAGCAACAACAGAGAGCUUCAAAAACUGCCUGCGUUCAAAGAUGUGCCCCCUGCGGAGCAGGAGAAGCUGUUUGUGCAGAAGCUGCGUCAGUGCUGCGUGCUCUUUGACUUUGUGUCAGACCCACUGAGUGACCUGAAAUGGAAGGAGAUAAAGCGUGCGGCCCUCAGUGAGAUGGUGGAGUACAUCACCCACAAUAGGAAUGUCAUCACCGAACCAGUCUACCCAGAGGUCGUCCACAUGUUUGCAGUCAACAUGUUUAGAACGUUACCACCUUCAUCUAAUCCCACGGGGGCAGAGUUCGAUCCCGAGGAGGAUGAACCAACUUUAGAAGCUGCGUGGCCUCACCUACAGCUCGUCUAUGAAUUUUUCCUGCGGUUUUUAGAAUCUCCAGACUUUCAACCAAAUAUAGCCAAGAAGUACAUUGACCAGAAAUUUGUCAUGCAGCUUUUAGAACUCUUUGACAGUGAGGAUCCUCGCGAGCGGGAUUUCCUUAAGACAACUCUGCACCGCAUUUACGGCAAAUUCCUCGGCCUCCGAGCCUACAUCAGGAAACAGAUUAAUAACAUUUUCUAUCGGUUCAUUUAUGAGACUGAACAUCAUAAUGGAAUAGCAGAGUUACUGGAAAUAUUAGGAAGCAUUAUUAAUGGGUUCGCUUUACCACUGAAGGAAGAGCACAAGAUUUUCCUCUUGAAAGUUUUGUUGCCUUUACACAAAGUCAAGUCACUCAGUGUUUACCAUCCACAGUUGGCGUACUGCGUGGUGCAGUUUUUAGAGAAGGACAGCACCCUGACUGAGCCUGUAGUAAUGGCUUUACUGAAGUACUGGCCAAAGACACACAGCCCAAAGGAGGUGAUGUUCCUCAAUGAAUUGGAGGAGAUCUUGGACGUCAUUGAGCCCUCGGAGUUUGUCAAAGUUAUGGAGCCACUCUUCAGACAGCUGGCCAAAUGUGUCUCUAGCCCUCACUUCCAGGUUGCAGAGCGAGCUUUAUAUUACUGGAAUAAUGAGUACAUCAUGAGUCUGAUCAGUGACAACGCAGCCAGGAUUUUACCCAUCAUGUUCCCAGCACUGUACCGAAACUCCAAGACCCACUGGAACAAGACUAUUCACGGUCUUAUCUACAACGCGCUAAAGCUCUUCAUGGAGAUGAACCAGAAGCUGUUUGACGACUGCACCCAACAGUUCAGAGCCGAGAAAAACAAAGAGAAAGCGAAAUGGAAAGAACGUGAGGAAGCCUGGAUAAAGAUUGAGAACCUUGCUAAAUCCAACCCACAGUUCCUCAUGUAUGUUGACCCAUCCAGUGGGAAUAGUCCAAUGGAAAUGGAGACAGAUGGUCCAAAUGUGGAUGACGUCAUCAUGCUGAAAAAAACAGUUGAGGAGGAAGCCACUCAGCUGCAGAGAGACCAGCGUAAAGAUCGCCCCCUCGUGCGCAGGAAGUCGGAGCUCCCUCAGGACAUGUCCACAGUAAAAGCCCUCGAGUCACACCGCCGUGCUGAGGACAUGAUAACCACUCACGACGGCCACUAACAGACCACAACCGCCUGCCCUGGAGCAGCACGGUCCAGCACAGUACCAAUGGCACAGAACCAGCUCGGUGUGACCCAAACACGCCUAGCUCUGCCCCCCCUUAAAAAAGAAGCCACAGUGAGGGUCCUUCCCACCCACCCCCUUUCUCACUGGCCAUCUCUCUCUCUC